CUUGGUUUAACCAUUCAUAAUCGGAGCCUUCAAGAAGGACCAGAUGAUGCUUAUAUAGAAAUCAUAAAAGUAUUGGAAAUUUCAGCCAAAGGUUAUCAAGUGAAAGGGGGCAACUUAUAUGAAAUGACCAGUUCGUUACAACUUAUACGCGAGCGCCCCAAUUUCCUGCGAAAUUUCCCUCGCGUCGUCCGCCGGCGAUACCGUCCGCCAGCGACGCGACAACUGCAAACUGCUGCGGUUCGCCGCCGCUGCCGCCUCGGGCGCUCCUCCGAGAUGCCAUAUAUUCGCCCCCGGUGCCUUUGAGAUCCCCCCCGCGCCGGCAGCCUCAACACUGGAUGUACUCUGUGUUCUCGCGAAUAUUCGCGGUGGCGCGCAGCCGUCUCGAGGUACUAAUACCCUCGCUGGUCGGCGGUCACAAUGGCAGCAAGAGGGACGCUCGCCGCCGGCGCCGGGACGAGCGGAGCAGGAGCAGCGCCACCAGCACCCCCGUCAGCACGCCCAUCUCGAUGUACUCGGCCCUCAGCCCGGGGGACUACCAAACCGCGGCGCUCCUCGCCAUGUCGGAGGGGGGCAACCCGGGCGCGAUGCCGGUCGCCCUGUCGCCGCUUCUGCCGCCGCCGCAGCUCGUGGUGGUGGCGCUUGACGCGACCCGCGACCACCGGGAGGUCGAGGUCAGGAUGGCGCUCAGAGCGCUGGUCGCCCGGGGCGACAUUCUUCGCGGCGGCGACUCCCUCGUCGUACUCGGCGUGCUCCACGCUAUCACCAAUCCGAGUGAGGGCCAAGCUCCCCCUUUAGUGGGAUACCAAACCAAAGCAUCUAAUGAUUCUUUUGCCGGGACGAACGCACGGUACCUUAAAGAUCAGGUUGAGAAGAAAGCUGAAGACUACAGAACCAAGCUCCUUCAGGAUGUGGAGGAGCUCCGCAAAGUCGGGAUAAGUGUAACCCUUAAAGUAUCUCCUGGAUCACCAGCAAAGGUUGUCAUUAUCCAUGAAGUCAAUUCAAGUAAAGCUGCUUGGGUUGUACUGGAUAGGCACUUCAGACGAGAUUUCAAGCACCUAGAAAAACACAUAGCCUGCAAGGUUGCAGCAUUUCAGGAUAACCUAUCAGUGCAGACAAUGAAGUCAAUUAGAACAAAUCUUUCAAGCAAAAGCAUGGGUCAAGCGAAUGACCUAGAACAUUUAGUAGUGUCACUAGAUCUGAGCUCCAAGACGCUAGAUACUGACAAGGUUCGUGUGUCGAUCAAGUCAUCACCUGUAAGUUACUUUGCCUCUCUAAGCAAUCAUGAGAUGCACUACACCCCCAGUGUGGUUGGUAGCAGCAUGCAAGACUUCACACCGUCAAUGAGCAUCGCGUCAAUCACGAUGAUUGAUGAGACUAAUGGAAAAUUUAUUGAAGAUAAUAUGAUCGCCAACAAUGAUUCAUCGGAAAGACCAGUUCUAUGUGCUGGUUGCGGGCUAAGAUCAGUGCUUUACAUCAAGGAAUCCAUGAAAUAUCCCUUCUCAGAGAUUCAAUCUGCAACAUCUGACUUCUCAAGGGAGAAGUUGGUGGGCGAGGGCGGAUUUGGGCAUGUAUAUAAAGGACAGCUCAAGGAUGGCCAGGUCAUUGCAGCUAAAUUGCGUAAAGAAGCUAGCUCACAGGGGUAUACCGAGUUCUUCUCUGAAGUGCAAGUGCUCAGCUUUGCCCGGCACCGAAACAUUGUCAUGCUACUUGGGUAUUGCUGCAAAGAAAGCUACAACAUCUUGGUGUAUGAGUAUAUAUGCAACAAAUCUCUGGAGUGGCAUUUGUUUGACCAGGAGGCGGGCUUACUUGAGUGGCACAAGAGGCAUGCUAUUGCCCUUGGUAUAGCAAAAGGGCUGCGCUUUCUGCAUGAAGAGUGUCGCGCCGGUCCGAUAAUACAUCGGGAUUUGCGCCCAAGCAACGUACUUUUGACACAUGACUUUGUUCCUAUGCUUGGCGACUUUGGUCUUGCAAAAUGGAAGGCUGUCAAUAAUUCUAUCCACACGAGGAUUCUGGGGCAAUCAGGGUACUUGGCACCGGAGUAUGCUGAAUAUGGCAUAGUUUCUGUCAGAACAGAUGUUUAUGCAUUUGGAAUCGUUCUUUUCCAGCUGAUAUCUGGUCGCAAGGUGCUCGAGGAAAGUGAAGGACAGUGUGCACACAUAUUACAAUGGGCAGAGCCUUUGGUUGAGAGUCUGGCACUGCACGACCUCAUCGAUGAGCGCAUUGCAGAUACAUACGACACAUAUGGGCUAUAUCAUCUAGCCAGAGCAGCGUAUCUUUGUGUGCGGACAAACCCGGAACAGAGGCCUUCAAUGGGAGAGGUUGUUCGUCUUAUCGAGACUGAGAAUGAGCAUAUCAGGGACUUGUCCCGACAGUUCAUUCCACAUUUUACAAAGUGAAGUAAUAUCCUGAGGAAAUCAAGUGUCCUGAGAUCGCUACCUUGGUGUAGAAAAGGGACAUCUCCAGUUCUCUCCGGUGAAACCUGCAACACUUCUUGCUAUCUUGUUCAGUUCUUCUUUUGUUUUGUUCUUCCACACAUAUAAGGAGGUGUAUUUAGGGGAAUUACUAGUUCCCUUCUUAGUACUUGGUGCUUACUUUUGUAAAAAUGAAAUGUGUCGACUUCUCAGGGUAUUUUCCCAGUUGUGUUCAGCUUCUCUAGUUUAUACGUUUACCAUAAACUGUGUCUGCUGAAGAGUUCCGUCUGCAGAGUGCAAUGCGACAGUGACCUUUGAAUUGAAGAGUUCUGUCAGCUAGGCUCGCGGAAGAAAUCUAUUGCAACAUCUACAGACUCCACCGAAAAUGAAGCUAGCGCUGCAAUUUAGGCCGCUGUUUUCGUCUACUGUCUCCAUCAAGUUGCCCUUUCAAGCGAAAGUGAUGGCCACCAGUUCAGAAAAGGAUAUGGACAGACAGCAGAAAAUUCAUGUUGGAUAUGAUAAGGUAUUGAAUAGUACUACUAUGCUGUAUUGAUCCCGGUCCAUUGGUUUUGGAAAAAAUUCUGAUUAAAUAAAUAUGAAAUCAUCAUGCUCAAAAGCAAUGAAUAGACAUGUGGGCUACUAUCAGCCAUCCUUUUCCAGGCCUGCGAGUUGGCAAGGGAACCAAUCGCUCCGUUGAGAGAGAAGUCUGGAACUUCUGAACCAUCAUUAGGCCGGAGGCCAAACUGUUCCCAUGAUCUGGGUUUGGGAAGAAUAAGAUGCCAUGUGACUAAAUGCCUAUUCCCAGGAGGCAAUUCUAGAAAAUGAAGCAAUGCAUAUCACUUUUACCUGAGAACCUGCAAAGCAGUAAUAUUCUGUGAGUGCAUUUAGGACAAAAGGGACCUGUGUGCUCUGCUGGGAAACUGUACCCUUACAU